CCCGCCCCGCCCGGCCUCCCCGCGUAGAAAAAGCAGGCGGGGAGCACCGUCUCGCGGUAGCGGCGGGAUGGAGGUUCCCGAGCAGGGUCGCCGGGCCGAGGCUCCCUGGAAGAAGCUGUCUAAGGAGGAGCUGGAGAAUCAGUACAGCCCCAGCAGAUGGGUCAUCCGACUGGGAGCCGAGGAGGCCCUGAGGACCUACUCACAGAUAGGGGAUGAGGCUACUAAGAGGGCCCGAGCCACCAGGAGGAACCUGCUGCAUGUCCCCUACGGAGACGGCGAGGGGGAGAACCUGGACAUCUACUUUCCCGAGCAAGUGUCUGAAGCCUCGCCUUUCUGUGUGUUCUUCCAUGGCGGGUACUGGCAGAGCGGAAGUAAAGAUACAUCAGCCUUCAUGGUCAACCCACUGACAGCACAGGGAGUGGCCGUGGUGAUAGUGGCUUAUGACAUAGCCCCCAAAGGUACCCUGGACCAGAUGGUACACCAAGUGACCCGGAGCAUCGUGUAUAUCCAGAAGCAGUAUCCACGCAACGAGGGGAUUUACCUGUGUGGACACUCAGCUGGGGCCCACCUGGCCGCCAUGAUGCUCCUGGCCGACUGGACCAAGCAUGCAGUCGCACCCAACCUCAGAGGCUUUUUCCUGGUAAGUGGGAUCUAUGACCUAGAGCCCAUCGUGUUCACCUCUCAGAACGGCCCUCUCCUCAUGACCCUGGAGGAUGCUCGGAGGAAUGGUCCACAGCAGCUCCUGGAGGCGGCCCUGACGCAGCCCGUGGAUCCCUCCUGCCACGUGCUGGUGAUCGUGGGCCAACACGACUCCCCCGAAUUCUCCCGACAGUCCAGGGAAUUUUAUCAGACACUGUGCAGAGGAGGAUGGAACGCCUCGUUUGAAGAACUCCACGAUGUGGAUCACUUUGAAAUCAUCUGGAAGCUAACCCAGGACGACUACGUGCUCACCCAGAUGAUUUUGAGAACAAUCCUCCAGGAGCCCUGACGGCAUUGGACCCCCACCAGCGGGCACCCCGAUGGUGAAGCUCCCCCCCCCAGACCCCGCGGGCUUCCCCUUCCUGCCAACCUGGCCUCUCCCCACGCCCAGGAGCGCCUCCAUUUUCUCUGAACACCACUAAAAAUCUCCACGGCCUUUUGCUGGUCUGGAUACAUCAGAUCGAUUCAGAUGUGAAAGCUGAAUGUAGCAUGUAAUUUGAAACACUAAAAUAUUCAAAAAGCUUCCACGACGCAGGCACACGAGAAUGACAUUAUAGGAGUGACUUGAAUUUAUUCCAGAUCGUCAAAGGAAAUGAGUCACAAAGUGUGGGACUUCGUUUAACGUUUGCAACAAAUUCCUUGCGGGACACCCCACGGCUGCUGGCAGGAAACCCAGGCUGUCUCCACACCUAGGUCAAGAAUUGCGC